AUGGACUACAGAUCAAUUGAGUCUUCAGAUUCUUCAAGAAACAAGUGUGCUGCAUGUUAUAGACAAUUCAACAGGAAGGAACACUUGGUGGAUCACAUGAGGACUUCCUUUCACUCAGUCCAUGAACCCAUGUGUGGUGUUUGCAAGAAACGUUGUCGAUCCUUUGAAUCACUUAGAGAACAUCUCAUUGGACCGUUACCAAAGGUGGAAUGUGCCAAAAUAUUUAGCACUCGAGGAUGCAACAUAUGCCUCACCAUUCUAGAUAGCCCUUACACCCUAAGAAUGCACCGAGGAGCAUGCCAACUUCCUCGCCCCAAUGGACUGAUUUCAAGCAUGGCCAGCAUGAAAAUCUAUGACAAUAUGAAGAUUGACAAUGGUCGAGAAAGAACAACUCCUAGUGUUGUUGCACUUGCUUGUAAAAUGGUGGGUGGUGGCAAUGAUGGAACACUUGAUAUAUGUGCUCGAGUAUGCCUAACGGAUGAACAUGAUAACAUCAUGUUUCAAACAUAUGUCAAGCCUCAUAUUCCUGUCACUAAUUACAGGUUUGAAACAACGGGUGUGAGACCAGAAAACAUAAGGGAUGCAAUGCCAUUGAAGCAAGUUCAAAGAAAAAUUCAAGAUUUCCUAUGCAAUGGUGAACCUGUGUGGAAAAUCCGAUCAAGAGGAGGUAAAGCUAGGAUUCUUGUAGGGCAUGGCCUAGAUCAUGACCUCGAUUGCCUUGGAAUGGAAUAUCCUGCACUUAUGAUUAGGGAUACGGCAAAAUAUCCUCCAUUGAUGAAAACAAGCAAGCUCAGCAAUUCCUUAAAAUAUCUAACACAUACAUAUCUAGGGUUUGAAAUUCAGACGGGGAUCCAAGACCCAUAUGAAGAUUGUGUUUCUACGAUGAAACUAUACAUGAGAAUGAGAUCUCAAAAUCAUAAACUAGAACACUAUCCAUUAGCAAGUGAUCCCCAGAAUAGGAACAACUUUGCACAAUGGAGAGAAGCCGAGCUUGAGAAAAUGAGUCCAGAUGACUUGUUAGUUGUCUCAAGGUCCGACUAUUAUUGUUGGUGUUUAGACUUGAAGGGAUAUGCUUGAAUCAUGCAACUAAUUCACAUUUUUAAGGUUUAAGAGGAUACAUAGAUGAUUUGCAUACUUUAUUUUAUUCAACAAAAUACAAAUAGAAAAUAAAACUGUCUAGAAAGAUUGGUGAUAGAAAAUUCAACCAAAACUGUCUAGAAAUUAAUAUUUGUGAUAGAGGUCGAAUUCAUUGUUAAGUAUAUAUUCGACAUGAUUUUGUAAUCCAUGGAGAACUUAUUAAUAUAGGUAUGUAACUUCUUUAA